GGCAACACUGCGAGUCAGAGCAGCAGAACCGCCUGAGCUUGACCCAAACUAGCUUGUGACGAGGUGCACGAUGCCCGGUCCAGUCGUGACUCCAGACUCAUCCCAGGAUAAAUCCAGCCGUCAGCAUGUGGUGUUCUGGUUCAACAGGCUCCUGGAGACACACUUCAAAGAUGUGCAGGAGAUGGCUUCAGGUGCCUGUCACUGUCAGAUCAUGGACUGCAUGUUUCCUGGAUCUGUUGACCUGACCAAAGUCAAGUUUGAUGCUCAGAGCGAGGACGACUGUAAGCACAACUUCAGCCUUCUGCAAGACGCCUUCACCAAGAAGAGUAUUACAAAGGCCAUUCCAGUUGACGAUCUUAUAAAAAGGGAUUCUAAAAGCAACUACGAUUUCUUAAAAUGGCUCAAAGUUCUCCAUGCAGCAAAUGAACACGAUGAAGAGUACGACCCGGUGAAGGCUCGGAACGGCCAGAAGAUCAGUCCACUUUUGGUGUCUCGUCAGUUACGGAGCUCUAAAGUGGAACCAGAAAACUGUGAAUUGGAAUCAAAGACAAGAAGUAACGACGAUGUAACAGCCUCUAAGACAUUUCCGUACUCUGAAAAGUGGAAGAAAGAUUUUAAUUGGGCCGGUCCCAGUCCUCUCGGAGAGCAGUACACGUUCUGCUCCUUUUGCCACGCCAAUCUUUGCACAUUUCAGACGGGUUGUAAUGAGCUGAAGCAACAUGAAAAUACAAACAAACAUAAUAAAAACGCCGACAUUUUGCUGAGCCAGGACCAACUUAACGAGCCACUGCCUUGUAGUGACGCAGCGGUCCAGUUCAUUCACAGUCACUGCUACAGUGGAACAGCUGGAGGGGAGCAGGCAGCCGAGCAUUUAGCUCGCUGUAAGCUGGGGUGGCAGUACCCCCAAAAUAUUAGAUCUGUUUGCCAACACACUCCUUACUGUGUUUACAUCUACAAAGGAGUGCCGAUGGGAAAGAACGACAUGGUCUCUGUGGUUCUUGUAGGAUAUUUUGAUAUAGAAGCUUCUAGUCACUGCAUCCAGUUUCUGGAUGCUCUUCAGUCAGACGGUCCAGGAGAACAGACAGACGCAGUAGUGGUGCAGACCUUAAAGAAGUUUGAUCUUCCCACAGAUAAUCUGGCUGUUUAUUUCAGCAGCAAUGGUGCAGCCUCAGAGCAGACGUGCUCACAUCUCAGGGAGCUCAACCAAAACGUUCUAGCCUUAGGAGGCCUCUACACCGUCGCUGAUGCGGCUUGUCUCGCCGGGGUCAAGGAGCUCUCCAGUCAGACACAAGAUUUCAUGGCAGAACUUCAUGCCCACUACUCCUCCUGCUGCACCAACAAUGACAAACUCAAGGUGCUCUUUGGCUCAGACAUCAGUGAGAACAACAAACCUUUUUACCUCAACACCAGCUGCCUUACAUUUUGUCAGUUUGUUACAAACAUCUUGGACAUGUGGGCAGAUCUGUUGUUACACUUCAACUCUUGUCACAAAUAUGACGAUAAAGCCAAGUUAGUCUGCUCUCUGAUGAAGAAUCCCAAAGUCAAGGCAACAUUUAUGUUCCUAGAUCAGGCCUUAAAGCCUCUGCAAAAAUAUCAAAGGGAAACACAAGGAGCUUCCUGGGCCAGUAUGCCACUCAUCCUAGAGGAAGCUAGUACCCUGCUUGGUACAUACACCUCCCACUUCCUUCAGCCUCAUGCUGCAACCUGCUACCUUGAGGAACACAACGCUAAAAUCCUUCAAAAUAAGAAGUUCCACCUCUCCAGUCUCGGUUUCAGCCUGGGCAAGAAACCAUCUGAGGAUGCAGACACACUGUCACAGCUAAGAGAAGAGGCACUUCUGUUCUACAUCGCAGUUACAGAUUGCAUUUCAAAGGAGCUGCCUUUGAGUGACAUGGUGCUAAAAAGCAUUGCUCAGCUGCUAACUCCUCAGAAAGGCCUGAAAGUGACAAAGGCAGUGGUGGGGGAGCUUGGAACCAGUCUGGGCGUCUGCAGCUCCCCCAAGGAGGUCCAGCAACUCACAAGAGAGUUCCACGAGUACUGGCUGGCUGAGGACAAGAAAAGCAAAGACGAAGCACAGGUUUCCCUGGAGGAGCACUGGACAAGAGUACUUAAAGACAUCAAGUCCAAGUCCAUGUUCAGGAAGCUUGUGUUGACCCUGUUAUCAUUCCCGUGUCCUCCGCUUGAUGCCCAGCACGUUGUCACUCAGGCCUUACAGAACGGGGACUCUGUGAUCUUUGCUGAGAGUGAAGCUGAAACAGGAAGUGACUGUGACGUCACGCCUGACGGUUCUCCCAGUGACAGCUCCAAGGACUCCCAGACACACAGUGGAAAAACAAACGACCCCAGGGCUUUGCUGAAGGCCUGUGAAGUUCGCCUUUCAAGGAUAAACUAUCCCUUCGAUGCUUUGUCAACAAAGGGCACCAGCAGGGGGCGUUCUGGCUUGAGGAACAGCUUGCGUCAGAAGCCACAGGCCCGCACGAUGUUUCAGGCUGGUGUUUGCACCUGGUCCAAACCCAUAGACCUUAAUGAGGACUUCAGGGCUCAUAAGUCCAGAGAUGAGUUCGAUGAGCAGUCGUUAAAAAACAUAACUCAAAUAAGAGGGCGGAGCAAAGAGUACCAGGAUGAGAAAGGAUUCCUGACAGGGGAGCUGCUGUGGGGUAAAGUCAAGGGUUUUUCCUGGUGGCCAGGGAUGGUGGUGGCCUGGAAGUCAAAGUGUCCUCCCCCAGGCAUGCGGAGGGUGGUGUGGUUCGGAGACGGCAUGUUCUCAGAGGUCCAUGUUAAUGGAUUGCUGCCGUUUGAAGCCUUCAGUCGAUGCUUCUGCAAAAACUCUUUUACGAGUUUUCCCGUCUACAGAGAGGCCAUCUACCAAAUCAUUGAGUUGGCAAGUGUGCGGUGUAGGAAGCUGUUUUCUCAGGCAGACGGCAAUAAAGAGAAACAGCUGAAGCUGAUGGUGGAUUGGGCUUUUGAAGGUUUUCUGCCUACUGGACCUAAGGGCUUUUCACCUCCUGCCUCCUCUCCACGUUCAGAAUCUCCUGAAUCCGCAGUGUCUGACUAUCAGCCCCCGCAAAAAAGAAAAUAUGUCAGUAAAAAUAAGGCAGCUGCCUCUGCAGUCACCUACAGCCGAGAAUCAUUAAUAAAGAAGAUCAAAGAGGAAGACAAAACAAUUGAAGAUUUUUGCUUGUCUUGUGCAUCACCUGAGGUUGAAGUUCCACAUCCGUUGUUUGAAGGUGGUCUUUGUCUGAAAUGCAAGGUGAACUUCACAGAGACGUUGUACCGUUAUGAUGAGGACGGAUAUCAGUCGUAUUGCACCGUGUGCUGUGCAGGAACCGAGGUGGUUCUGUGCAGCAACUCCAGCUGCUGCAGAUGUUUCUGUAAGGACUGUCUUAACCUCCUGGUGACAGAAGGAACCUUUGACAAGAUCCAGGAAGUCGACCCCUGGAGCUGCUACAUUUGUGUCCCUUCUCAGUGUGAAGGACACCUGAAACUCAGGCCAGACUGGAGCGUCAAGCUUCAAGACUUCUUUGCCAAUGACAGCGCCAUGGAGUUUGAACCUCACAGAGUUUACCCCUGUGUCCCAGCUGAGCAGCGCAGACCCCUCAGGGUGCUCUCUUUGUUUGAUGGCAUUGCAACAGGAUAUUUGGUGCUAAAGGAACUCGGCUUCAGGAUCGAGAGAUAUGUCGCUUCUGAGAUUUGUAACAACUCGAUCACUGUGGGAAUGGUCAAACACAACGGGAAGAUCGAGUACGUCGACGACGCUCGGGCCAUUACCAGGAGACAUCUGGCUGAAUGGGGUCCGUUCGACCUCCUGAUCGGAGGCAGUCCAUGUAACGACUUGUCCAUGGUCAACCCUCAGAGAAAAGGAUUAUUUGAGGGCACUGGAAGACUCUUCUUCGAGUAUUACCGCAUACUGAACAUACUGAAGCCAAAGGAGGAGGACAACCGCCCCUUCUUCUGGUUGUUCGAGAACGUGGUUUUCAUGAGCUCCCAUGAUAAGUCUGACAUCUGCCGGUUCCUGGAGUGUAAUCCAGUUCUUGUUAAUGCGGUGAAGGUCAGCCCUGCUCACAGAGCGCGCUACUUCUGGGGGAACAUUCCAGGCAUGAACAGACCCAUUACUGCGUCUCAGAGUGACAAAGUCAUUCUCCAGGAAUGUUUGGAAGUUGGGCGCAAGGCGAUGACGGAGAAGAUUCGCACAGUCACAUCACAUGCAGAAUGCAUGAAGCUGGGGAAGAAAGGGCCACUUCCUGUCACCAUGAACGGGAAGGAGGACUACCUGUGGUCCUCAGAGUUGGAGAUGGUCUUUGGGUUUCCGAAACACUACACGGACGUGAACCACAUGAGCCGGACCUGCAGACAGAAAAUCCUGGGCAAGUCCUGGAGCGUCCCGGUCAUUCGCCACCUGCUCUCCCCACUGAAGGAUUAUUUUGAAUGUGAAGCAGGUCAGUGAUGUGA